UCUCUCUAUAGCAACGCAGUGCUUUGACAAAAUGCUCAGUUGCGCUGCAAACAUUCAACAAGACACUACUGUUUAUCGUCGUAUUAUAAAAUGAUCAUCGCCGUAUUAUUAACGUUUAUUAUUUUUAUUAUUGUUGCAUAUAUUGCUUAUGAUUUUUAUGUACAUCAUUCGAGAUUCGGACAAUUAAUCAAUAAAAUACCAGGACCAAAGCCUUUGCCAAUUAUUGGUAAUAUACUGAUAUAUCAAGUCGGACCUGAAAAACUUUGGCCGUUACUGCGUUAUUAUACGGAUAAAUAUUAUCCUAUUAUUAAAAUAUGGAAUUUAUUAAUACCCACCAUAUCUAUCCGUCAUCCAGAUGAUCUCGAGGUAAUAUUAAGUAGCACGAAGCAUAUUGAUAAAGGCAUGAUAUACGACAUUUUGCAUCCUUGGUUAAAUACUGGGCUUCUUACCAGCGCAGGUGUCAAAUGGCAUUCACGACGGAAGAUAUUAACGCCUGCGUUUCAUUUCAAUAUACUGCGACAGUUUGUUGAUAUUUUACUAGAGGAGGGUGAACGUAUGACAAAGAUUUUAAAGAAUGCUGGUGGACCUGUUGAAAAAAAUAUUAUACACUUUAUUUCUGAACAUACGCUGAACGCAAUAUGCGAAACUGCUAUGGGCACUUCUUUGCAUAGUCUUGGUGAGCUCCAAGAAAAAUAUCGACAAGAUAUUCAUCAAAUGAGUUUCAUUGUUAUUCAUAGAUUAUUUAGGCCUUGGUUGUAUUGGGACUUGACAUUCGGCUUGUCACCUACAGGCAGAUUACAAAAGAAGAUAAUACAGGAUCUGCAUGGAUUUACUGACAAAAUCGUUACAGAAAGAAAAAUUUACCAUGAACGUACGAAAGGCCAAUACUUGCAGAAUUUCACAAAUGCCAGUUCCGGAGGAAUGGAUGAUGAAGAAAUAUAUGGAAGUCGAAAAAAGCGACUCGCUAUGUUAGAUUUGCUAAUAGCAGCUUCGCAGGAAAAUCAUUUGAGUGAUUCGGAUAUCAGAGAAGAAGUGGAUACGUUCAUGUUCGAAGGUCACGAUACUACAGCGAUGACUAUAUGCUUUACUCUGUUAUUGUUAGCUGAACACAAAGAUAUACAGGAUCGCGUGAGGGAGGAAGUUAAUACUGUGAUAGAAGAAUGUGGGGGAAAAUGGACUAUGGCCUCAUUGCAGAAUCUAACAUAUUUAGAAAGAUGUUUAAAGGAAUCGAUGCGACUGUACCCCGCCGUGCAUUUCAUAUCGCGAGUUGCUGGAGAGGAUGCACAAUUACGAUCACACUUAAUACCCAGCGGAACAAUAAUACAUCUCAAUAUUUACAGCGUCCACAGAGACGCUAAUUUCUGGCCGAAUCCCGAGGAAUUCGACCCAGACAGGUUUUUGCCUGACAAAAUACAAAAUCGACAUCCUUAUUCGUAUUUACCGUUCAGCGCAGGACCACGGAAUUGUAUAGGUCAACGAUUCGCUAUGUGGGAAAUGAAGGCCAUGAUAGCACCCAUUAUACGCAAUUUUUACUUAGAAUCCAUAGAUUAUCUGAAAGACAUGCAGAUAUGCGCUGGUUUGAUACUUCGGCCUAAGCAUCCGAUGCGUUUAAGAUUUGUUCCAAUAGAAUCAAAAUUGUGGAAAAUUACGGAUGGCAAUGUGUUUGAAUUAAAAAAAGACACAAUCCUAAAUUAUCCAUUUCAACCAUUUCAACUAAUAAUGGUCAUCAUUAUAUUAUUAACAUGCCUCUUUCUCAUGAUCAUGUAUCAUUGUGUCGUUUAUUAUGGAAGAAGUGGACGACUUAUUAAUCAAAUACCAGGAUGCAUACAUUUACCUAUUCCAGGUAAAGGUCUACGAAUUUGUUGGUAUUCGCCAGAACAAAUAUGGCUCUUCAUACUCGAUUAUGUAAAGAGAUUUUAUCCGAUUAGUAAAUUUUGGGUUCUCACGAUUCCUAACGUUAACAUUUAUCACCCGGACGACGUGCAGAAAGUACUAAGCAGUACGGAGCAUACUGUAAAAGGUUACGAGUACAAACUUAUACAUCCUUGGCUAGGCGAUGGCCUCCUUACUAGUCAAGGAGCCAAAUGGCAUAAAAGACGAAAGAUACUAACGCCUGCAUUUCACUUUUCUAUAUUGAAAGAAUUUGUCAAAACUUUCAUUGAAGAGGGCAAUCGCGCAGUGAAAUCUUUUAAUCCUGCGGAAGAGUCAAUUAUUGAAGACGUGAUGUUAUUUACCAGUCAUCAUAUGUUAAACGCAAUAUGUGAAACCUCCAUGGGUAUUUCUUUGAAUGACUCUGAUCAGUCUCAACAGUAUCGGCAGACUAUUCACCAUAUGGGUAAACUUGUAGUCAAUAGGUUUUUCAAGCCAUGGCUAUUCAUUGACACGAUAUUCAAUUUAACAUCUCAGAGCACCACACAAUCUAAAUAUUUGAAUAUCUUGCAUUCAUUUACUGAAAAAAUUAUUGCAAAUAGAAAACGUUAUCAUGAAGAAACCGGAGGACGAUAUUUGGAGUACUUUGAAAACAACACAGAAAUAGAAGACAAAGAAAUAACAGGGAAUAAAAAAAAACGAAUGGCCAUGUUGGACAUUUUGCUAGCGGAAUCUCGCGAUGGUAAUUUGAGUGAUUCAGAUAUCAGAGAAGAAAUUGACACUUUCGUGUUCGAGGGUCAUGACACUGUGGCGACAAGUUUAUGUUUUAGUCUACUAUUAUUAGCUGAGCAUAAGGAUAUUCAGGAUCGUGUAAGAAAAGAAAUUAAUGAGGUGAUGCAGGAAAAUAAUGGGAAGCUUACGAUGAACGCGUUACAGAAUCUACCAUAUUUGGAGAGAUGCUUAAAAGAAUCAUUAAGAUUAUAUCCCAGCGUUACUUUUAUAUCGCGCCUUUGCACUACUGAUUUAAAAUUACAAUCAUAUACAAUACCAAAAGACACAACAAUGCAUCUUUUUAUCUAUGCUCUUCAUCACGAUCCUAACUUUUGGCCGGAUCCAGAAGUAUUUGAUCCAGACAGAUUUUUACCAGAGAAUAUACAGAAACGUCAUCCUUAUUCCUAUGUACCGUUCAGCGCAGGGUUACGAAAUUGCAUAGGUCAACGAUUUGCCAUGUUGGAGUUGAAGGCUAUGAUAGCCAGCCUGGUGUACAAUUUUUACUUGGAACCCGUUGAUUAUUUGAAGGAUGUUUCAUUCAAGUUGGAUAUUGUAUUACGCACCUCACGUCCGAUCCGCAUGAAAGUUAUUCCAAUUAAACGGGAGUAGUCUAACGCGA